UAAACAAAAUAAUCCCUUGGCGUGUAGGGAAUGCCAACCAACCCCUGCGCCGGCUUACCCAAAAAUCCUCCUAUAUCUAUAACUCUCAUGCACCUAUAACCACAUCUACCACACCAACUUACCAUUCGCACUUAAGCCUACCAAGUACCAACCUAAAACAUCCAUGGCUUCCACAACAGAACCAGAAAAAAUUGUUCCACCACCAGAAGCCCACGUUGCAGAGCCGGAAAAGACGGCUCCAUCAACUGAAGCCCAGGCUCGGGAGCCAGAAAAGGGGGCUCCACCACCGGAAGCCCCACCUCUGGCACCUGUUCCUCCUCCGGCCUACUAUGUGGUGGCUGAUGUGGUUUUAAGGUUCUUGUUGUUUGCUGCGGCAGUAGUGUCUGUGGUGGUGAUGGUGACUAGUAAGCAAACGGAAGUUGCUCCAAUUCAAAUUCCAAUUCCACCAUUCAGGGCCCAGGCAGAGCUGCAGGCGAAGUUCAAUCACUCUCCGGCGUUCAUAUACUUUGUAGCAGCACUCUCUGUCGCUGGUGUUUACAGCAUCAUAACUGCAUUUUUAUCUCUUUUAGCCCUCCUGAAGCCAGGUUCCAUAGCGAAAUUGUGGGUCCAUAUUGUUAUAUUGGAUGUGCUGCUGUUGGGGAUUGUAGCUUCAGCGACCGGAGCAGCAGGUGGAGUAGCUUAUAUAGGUCUGAAAGGCAACUCUCAUGCCGGCUGGAAUAAGGUGUGUAACAUCUAUGAUAUAUACUGCCGACACCUUGCAGGCUCCAUUGCAGUCUCACUGUUUGCCUCAGUUUUUCUGGUAUUGCUGGUUCUUCUCUCUGUUUACACCCUUUCUAAGAAGAUCCCCCAUUGAAAAUCUCUGUAGUUCAGACAGAUAUUUGAAACCCCGCCAUGCCUCGCUCCAAAUCGGGUUGUACUGAGCGGGAAAAUGUUGUUUUCUGUGUGUAUAUGUGAUUGUUUCUUGACCAGAAGUUCAAACUGGAUUCGUGUUGUAUUUGUAUGUAAAUUCAAUGAUGUAAUGUGUACUUUAAAUUGAAAUUUACAUUAAUAUGAGAUUUUAAGGUUCGUUUGAUGUUAUUUUAAGGCUUUGUAGAGUCAAAAGAGCAUAGAAAAAAUUCAGCCCGCCCCAUUGCUGAACUACAUGGCACCCUCUGCUUGUCUACACUGGCAGUGAUUGCAGCAUAUCUGUAAGUGUUAACCAAUCAUCAAGGAAUGUGGUAUGGGGACUCGCAGGGUAUAGAAUAAGCUCUUCCCAGAACAGAGAUAGCCAGUCUCACCGAAUAGCAAACAAGCAUUGUACUUUAGAGAGGGGGGGAGGCUUAAUAACAAUG